AUGCUUGUUCUGGUGCGGUCUCUCCUCCGCGGCCUGCGGGAGUCGCAGAACACGCCCGUCCUCGCGGCGCUGCUGGGCGGUCGACUGUCGCCGCGGGCCCUGCUGAGGGCCGAGGCCGCGGGAGAGCUGCUCCCGGAGGCGCAGCGCAGGCGCCAGCUUGAGGCGAAGGCGCAGGCCGCAGAGCGGAAGGCCCGCGAGGCCGCGGCGGAGCGAGCGGGCAGCAAGCUGCCGUUCGCCUCCGACAAGAUCCGCUGCCCGGCCUGCGAGGCGUGGGGCGCCCUCUACGAGCGCAUCCCGCACGUGGGCGGCCACCACCACCUGGGCAAGACGGCCUCGCUGGGCGGCACAGACGGGGCGCGCCUGGCGUGCGAGUGCCGCGCCUGCGGGGCGCGCUGGCCGGAGGCGUCUAUGCGAGAGUGGAGCGAGCUCAAGGAGGUGCCGAGCAGGCGCGGCGCGAUCGUGCCCGCCCGCCCGGCCCUGGAGGGGUGCGCGGUGGCACCUGUCGGAGGCUGGCCGAUGGAUGAGUUCCCCGCGAUUGCUGCGCCUGCGCUCGCCGGACCAGGCCUACCGCUCGGCCGCCGUGCAGGCCGCGCGGCCCCUUGGAGGCGGCCCGGACCUGGGCUACCGCGCCGCCUCUGGGAGCCCAGAGGACCUCGCCGGGCAGGGCGCCCCGCCGCACGACGGGGCGCCCUGGCCGCGCGACGCCGCCGCGGCGCCGGAGCGGCGCGGCUGGGAGGCCGAAGCGCGCCGCCUGGCGGAGUGGCGCGCGCGGCUCGCCGCCAGCCUGGGCGGGGCGGACCCCGAGGCGGUGGCCGACGCCCUGGACCUGCUGGAGGCGCAGGCGCGCGAGAUCUGGGCCCUGCGCCUCGCGGCGGCUGGCGCGGACUCCGGCGCCGCGCUGGUCGCCGGCGCUGCGCCCGAGCCCAGGAGCUCCAUCCGGGCCAGCGGGCCGCCAGAGCGCCGCGAGGUGCCUGCUCGGGCGGCCUGUGGCGGCGGCGAGCUCGUGGGCGCGCGGGCGGCCGAGAUGUCCGCGCUGUUCAACGAAGUGGCCGCCGCGCAGGCGCAGGCCGACGCGGCGCGCGAGGCGGAGCGAGGCGCCGCGCACUUGUGCAGCGAGCUGGCGGAGGAGGCGGAGCUGAUAGCGGCCAGGACCGCCGGGGCGGUGGAGGCGGGCGGGCGCUGGCGGCGGGCGCUGGAGGCGGAGGCCGCGCGCUGCGAGCUCUUGGAGCAGAGCUCCACCGAGCUGCGGGCAGAAGCGCUCAGGGGCAAGGAGCUGCGCGCGGAGGUGUCGCGGAUGCAGGAGCGCGCGGCCGCCGAGGCCUGGGGCUGGCGCACGGAGGCCGACGAGUUCCGCCAGGAGUGCGCGGAGCUGCGCGCGACGCUGCGGCGCAUGGAGGACGCGGCCUCCCGCGCGGCCAGCGAGCCGCCCGCCGCCCCCGUGGGGCGGCAGGGGCGGCCGGGCAGCGACGCCGCCGGCGACGAGCUGCACCUGCCCGCGCCGCGGUCCGCUGAGCCUGAGCGCAUCCCGUGGCACAACCCCGAGGCUGUCUUCGCUGCCUUCGCGUCGGCUGGCCCCGCGGGCGAGCGCGCGAUGCGCCCGGCGGACUUCGGCCACCUGUGCGAGAGCCUGCGCCGCGCGCAGGGCCGGGGCGCCACGCCGGCGGAGCACCGCCGCGGCUUCGCCCUCUUCGCGUUCGCGGCGGUGUUUGGGCGGCAGGCUCUGGAGGCGGGUGGGCGGCGGGAACGCGAUAGCCAAUUCCAGGGGCAGCGACAGGGGGGGGGCGCCUUACAGUCGGGGCGUUGACCUAAGGAACCCUA